AUGAAUCACGGCCGUCGGGCUGACCUUUAUGCCGAGAAUCGGGGGCCGGGGAUCACUGACGCUGGGCUCACUUUCCUGGAAAUCAGUGGGGAAAUCCUGGACCCUGAUCAAGUUAAGCGGGUGAAGAAAGAAAGCACAGCGGCAAGAGAAGCAUUCUUUCUCGACUUCGCAGAAGCCAUCCGAAAGGAGUUCCCAGAUCUACCUCUGCUCGUCAUGGGCGCUCAGCUAAGCAAAGCCCUGGACAUGGUCGGACUGGCGCAACCAGCAGUGUUCGAUGCUUCUGCUCCCUCGAGCACGCUACUGAAUAUGAGCAAAGGGGAUGAUGAGGCACGAGCCAUUGCUAUUUCUAUUCCGACCCUUUGGUUAUUGAAGAAGAUUGGCAACUAUAUCAUUGGAGCUGGCUAUGACACGGUUUGUCGCCUGGUUCCUCAUGUAGUCGAAACUGACCAAAGAAUUUAG